CUUGCUGGAAGGGACGAAGGGUUGACAAGUAAACUGCGUAUGCUUCCUCAAACCAACGGCCUUGUACCUUAGAAAAGAAACUUUGAGCAUGCCUUACUACGAGGAUAUCAACACCAUUACCCACUGCCUACACUGGGACCUGUUCGAAAACACACGAAAUUUAGGGAAGUUUUUGCCCUCGAUGACUCUCAGGAAACGUCAUGGAAUUCAUUCUCAGAUACUAUGGUUUUCGCCAACGAAGAGCAUGGAUGUUCAAAAUCGUUACGGCAACGUGAGUUUCACUAUUCCAAUGUACGAUAUUGUGUCUCGCUUUGGUGAGAACUUCUAUGAAGUGGACGAGAUGAGUUUCAGCGAUCGGAGAUGCGUUCGCGUUUUACUCGCCAAGACAGCUCCUCUCACUCGCAGCAGAAUCGACACGUCCAGUAGUGACGCGAGUAUUUACAAAAUGAGCUAUUGGUCGUAUGCCUUCAAGAAAGAGUCAUGUGGCGUUCCUAACGAGCUGGAAAUCGCUAUUGAGGUUGACGAUGCCGAUUGCCGUUGGUUGUACACGAGAUGCAAGAUGGAACCAAACAACCACUCGCUGGCCAACACUCAAGGCUUUGGUCGUCACACAAACGUGUGCCAGAGGCACAAUCACUUCUCAAGGAAUUGCCCUUAUGCAUUGUCGCUCUGGGAAACGAAAAUGAAGCUAGAGUCAAAGUAAAAUGUCUCGCGGUACAAACUUGAAGAGCGUUUGUGGAUUUGGUUAAGUUUACGGUUUUUCGGUAGCUUUUCUGGAUUGGGAAUUAUUAUUGAAGGAUCCUCAUUAUUCUUAGUCAAAGGAUCAAUUAGGCGUGAUUUCUUGUAGCGGCUGUCACUGUGUUUCUGCUACCAUUAACUGAAUAUUGAAAUAAAAUCAUUGAAUAAAUGAAGGCGCAGUGAAGAAAUGCAUUCCAUGUAAAACUUUGACGAUGUUUUUGUUGCUUCAACUAAGUACAACGGACAGAUUGCAUUUUAUGAACAAUUUGCUUAGAGAUGACAUUAGUAAACUCUCAUUUGUAAUCUACUUGUACUCGUUGAUACUCUUUUAACUGUGCUGUGACAGUUACUUUGGGAAAGUCUUCACCGGUUUUCAUGCAAUCUUUGCUUUUGUAUUUACGAUUUAAUUGAGCAGGAAAUACAAUCCAUAACUAUUUAACCAAUCGAUGCCGAAGGAAAAACUUUGUUACAUUUGGUCAGGAAUACAUGCUCCUUGUUGUGGAAAAUGAUAGUUUAAUAUGAAAUAGACGAAGACUGAUAGUAAGAGGACGUUCGGAUCAAUUCCAUUUUUCCCUCUACAUUCGAUGCCUGAUCGGUGAUGUAUCCCUCUCUCCUCCCGUGAGUCGAUUAAAUUCAGGGCUCCAUCUCUGCAUAUAAUUUGGCUGAUGAAUUCACACAUGAAACCAUUCUCAUUCAAUGUAACUGCUUAUGUUAUCAUUAGUUCUUUAAAGCACAGGAUCAUGUAUUCGCCCUUCGUUGCUUGUUUUUAAAGAAAUAUUAUUUGUACUACGGUAGAAAUGGAGUUGCAUUGAUUUCGUGCACCGAGGAAAUUACAUGAGAUUGUUUAUUGAUUAUAGACUUAUUGUAGUGCAAUGAAAGCUUUGUUUAUUUUCGAAAUUCUAUUCUCUCUUUUGUUCAGUAAUCAACUUGUACGUAAUCGUAAAUAUUCCUUUAACUGUACUGCGACAGAUACUUUGGGAAAGUUUUCUCUGGGUUUCAUGUAAUCUUCGCUUUUAUCGCCACGCUUCAAUUAAGUAGGAAUACAAUCCAUAUCUAAUUAUCGAGUGGAUUUUCGAGUUAGAUUGAAAAAAUGACCUAGCCCUCAUCCAGAGCGCAAUUAACUGUCGAACAACAUCUUCAUCUCCAAUUAGAAUGCUGCUUCUGCUAUCUAUUGGUUCACGUAAACAACGGAAAUCAUGCCUAAUUUAAUUUUUCUUGGUUGCGUUCGUUAAAUUGGUCAACGAUUAAAAAUAGAAUGGACCGUUAUUUCUUAAUUAUUUCGUGUAACUAUAUUGCUAAAUGCUGUACGUGAAAAUGCGACGCGUACUUUUGCCUUAUCGCUGUCGGCUUUCAAAUUUUAUUUCCAUUCAAGUUCAAUUUGCUUGCAUAUUUAGUUUCUUUUGCGUCUGCACUCAUAAAUAAACGCGGUCAUUAGCAGAAAUAUACACCAUACAUUACAUUUAAGGGUUAAGAAGCAUUCAUUCGAAAGUUUACUCUUCAUGCAAAUUUGAAUGUUUUAAGAAAAAACUUGCCGAAUUUUAAAGAAGGAGAACACUCGAAAUAAACUGUUUCAUAAUUGAAAUUAAAUUUAAUGAUGUAGAUCACUGUUCAAUCAUUUACGUAACGACCGAUUUGAAAAACAGAUCUCUUAGGAGUAAGAAACAUCUUGUAAGCUUCGAUAAUUGUGACUGAAUUGGGACUGAGUUUUCCGAGCGAUGUUAUAUAACGCUUGGCGCCGCAUCGCUUUAAGGCUUUAGUUUAGAGCCUUCGUGUUUGCCAGGCCGUCGUUAUUUUCAUUCGUGGUGCAGUAGAAUAAUCAUAUGUAAUCGGCUUCAGUGACUACAACAGCAAUCCUCUAUGCGGUGAAAUAUUCUUUCCACCACAUAUAAGAUCCGAUGUUCUCCAUUUCUUCGUAGACAUAACUAAUCAUUUGUUGGUGAGUAACUUUGGCCAAAUUUAGUUGAUUAACUGAUACAUGAGGAUGAAAAAAUGGCCUCUUUGAGAAUACCAUGUUCAUCCAGAAAGUUGACCGAAAAUUCAGUGGAGAUUACGCACUAGUUUUGAGACGCUACGAGUUCUAAUAUUUUUCUCUUCGAACGCAUGAUAUUAAAGGGUUGAAAUUAUUUCAGUUCGUGAUAUGGUAGCUACCCGACUGUGGUAGAUAUACAUGUAUAUUAAUAUUUAUAGUAACUACAACGCUGCAGAGUUCCUUUCCAUUUGUAAGUAUUGAAUUAUUUAAGUGAAAAAAUUACCUGGAUAAGGCACAGAAGGAUAAUUCGCACUCCUCAAAAUUUCAUUUGCGGAAAUAAUGCUUCAUCGAAGUCAGUGUUCUAAGUGUAGCAUUUUAAUAUCUUUGUGAAGAACAAAUAUUUGAAAUGGAAAAUAAGUAGUUCUAGGAAAGAAAUUCGUUUUGUUUGAUGGGUUUGAAUAGUAGUGGAAGAAUUGGAAUGAAUUAGGAAUUGAAUAAAGGGUGAAACUAAAUUACAAUCUGCAAAUUUAUUCUCAAGUUACAUUUUUAAAUCGUCAAACUUCUCGAUAAGGCUUUAAAAAACCUGUGAAAACUGGACAGGUAUGUACAUUUUUCAGAACUAAUAGAAUUUAAAUAC